CCAAGCUGUCACUGAGGGGACGUCCGUGCGGAAAAAGCAGACAGGAGUCACCUGGGAAGUAGUGGGUGUGGUGAGGGCUGUGCCGACUGCAGCGGAAGAGUCCAGACCUCGUGCUGCCCUCCCAAAGUGUCCGACACUACACCCCAAGGGAUGGCAGCCCCACAGAAGGGAGACAGGGUGAGGCCGCUGCGAGUGCUGGAGGAGGAGAUGGUGGGGGAGGAGCCUGCCCCCGUUGCCUCCGGAGUGGGAGGAGGUGGGCUGAGAGACCAGGGCGGGCGGCGCCCCCGGCACCAGUGCGGCGUCUGCGGCAAGGGCUUCCAGCACCCGUCGUCGGUGAGGACCCACCAGCGGGUGCACACGGGCGAGCGGCCGUUCCUCUGCGCCUCCUGCGGCAAAGCCUUCAAGCACCUGUCCGAGGUGACCGUCCACGAGCGGGUGCACACGGGCGAGCGGCCCUACAAGUGCGCCGUCUGCGGCAAAGCCUUCGUCAACUCCUCCAACCUGCUGACCCACCGGCGGGUGCACACCGGCGAGCGGCCCUACAAGUGCGCCGUCUGCGGCAAACGCUUCACACAGUCUGGGGAGCUCAAGAAACACGGCCGGGUCCACACCGGCGAGAGGCCGUACAAGUGCGCCGUCUGCGGCAAACGCUUCACCCGCUCUCCCCACGUCAAGCGGCACCAGAGGGUCCAUGCCCGGCAUCUGGGCGCCGUGACUCUCUGACGGACUCUCCUCUCUCUGCCAGCUUGAUCUCAGGAAAGGGGUGGUGUGCCGUCUCUCUCUCUCUGUCUGUCUGUGUGUGUGUCUCUCUCUGUCUGUCUGUCUGUCUCUCUCUCUCUCUGUCUGUCUGUGUGUGUGUCUGUCUGUCUGUGUGUCUCUCUCUCUCUGUGUUUCUUUCUCUGUCUGUGUCUCUCUCUGUCUGUCUGUGUGUGUCUCUGUCUCUCUCUGUCUGUCUGUUUCUCUCUCUCUGUCUGUCUGUGUGUGUCUCUCUCUGUCUGUCUGUGUCUCUCUCUCUGUCUGUGUGUCUCUCUCUCUGUCUGUGUGUCUCUCUCUCUGUCUCUCUCUCUGUGUGUCUCUGUCUGUCUGUGUCUCUCUCUCUCUGUCUGUCUGUGUCUCUCUCUCUCUGUCUGUCUGUGUGUGUCUCUCUGUCUGUCUGUGUGUGUCUCUCUCUCUCUGUCUGUGUCUCUCUCUCUCUGUCUGUGUGUGUCUCUGUCUCUCUCUGUCUGUCUGUGUGUGUCUCUGUCUGUCUCUGUCUCUCUCUCUGUCUGUCUGUGUCGGUCUGUGUGUGUCUCUGUCUCUCUCUCUGUCUGUCUGUGUGUGUCUCUCUCUCUCUCUCUCUGUCUGUCUGUGUCUCUCUCUGUCUGUCUCUCUCUCUCUCUGCCUGUCUGUCUGUCUGUCUGUGUGUGUCUCUCUCUGUCUGUGUCUCUCUCUGUCUGUCUGUCUGUCUGUCUCUCUGUCUGUCUGUCUGUGUCUCUUCUCUCUCACACACCCACACGUAUGUCACACCGACACUCACGCUCUGUCUCUCUCUAACACAGACACUGACACAUGCACACAUUCUUUCCACAGAAACACACACUGACCUGUGGGCUGCAGUGGUUCAAGAGGACAGCUCACCACCACCUUCUGAAGAGCAACUGGGGAUGGACAAUGAAUGCUGGCCAAGUCAGUGACGCCUAUAUCCCACGACUGAAACGGUUUUGCCAUACGUACGUGUGCACAGUGACCUGCACGCAGAAUCUGUGCGCACACACACACAAACUUGCGCACUCAGCAAUGCAUAUGCAUGCUGGCAAAGCAUUCGGAAUGCUAACUGUUCAGUCUGUCUGACGCUGGUCAGAGGCAACAGCUAUUAGACAGAUGGUGAGUGAGUAUAUGUGCUGUCUUCGAAUUCUUUUUUGCCUGUUUGCAUGAAGAGCUGGUGAAUUCUCUUCAUCGCUGAAGUGCUCCAUCCCAGACAACAUCCUGGUGAAUCUCCUCUGUACCCCCUUCCAGUGUAAUGACAUCCUUACUGUUGUGCAGUGACCAGAAACGGGGUGGCACGGUGGCUCAGUGGUUAGCACUGCAGCCUCACAGUGCCAGGGACACAGGUUCAGUUCCCGCCUCGGGCAACUGUCUGUGUGGAGUUUGCAUAUUCUCCCUGUGUCUGCGUGGGUUUCCUCCGGGUGCUCCGGUUUCCUCCCACAGUCCAAAGAUGUGCACGCUCGGUGGAUCGGCCAUGCUAAAUUGCCCGUAGUGUUCAGGGGUGUGUGUGGGUUAUAGGGGGAUGGAUCUGGGUGGGAUGCUUCAAGGGGCGGUGUGGACUUGUUGGGCCGAAGGGCCUGUUUCCACACUGUAGGGAAUCUAGUAUCUAAGUUGCCUCUUGCGAGUCUGGAGACUUUUUGCACCCUCCUCUCCCCCCCCCCCCCCAGCCACUAUCACUAAAAACCUUCUUAUUCAUGCUCAGGCUGCACGCCUGCCCCGGCAACCAAUUGGAGUUGUUUCCAAGCUGAACAUUCCUGAUCCCCACAAUGGGACUGAAUCAAAGACCCAACCAACAGGCAGACCUGCCCCGAACUCUCACCCACAGGAUUUUUCCUCCGUGCAUCCUUUCCCCACAUCAAUGGGGUAACAGUGUAAACGUGACACCAGUUGUGUUAGAAAAACACUACGUGUCCUUGCACAGCUUCCUUCAUUUCACACAAUUCUUUACUCACUGUAGUCACAAAAAUAAAGACCAAUGAGCUUCAUGACGUA